GGGCUGGGGGAGGGUGGAGACGAGGGGGUCGCGGGGUUCAGUGGGUGUGGCUCACUUCCAGUUACCCCCAGAUCACCCCUGGUCCCUGGGAGGAGAGACAGACUGCCUUCUCUCCAGUCGAGGAAGCGAUCGCUCCCCUCCUUUGCCAGAGGUUCUCAGGCCCUCUCUCCCAAGCUACCGCGACUGCAGACUAACACAGUGGAACCUGCUCUACCAGUAUCGCCACCAGUAGUAGACUCACAACUCACUGCCUCUGACAGCAGACAGCCAGCACUGAUAGACCAUAGUCUGUCACUAACUACUACUUUGUCCGAUUCACUACCCGAGAUUAGUUUGAGAAGUCCAGAUUUGGUG